AACCCCUGAAACACAUGUUUCAUCAUCGCACGGGGACGAAACCCUCGUUAAUCUCCCAAAAUGUCCUUUUACUGCGGUAAAUUAUGUUCUGCGAUAUUACUGGAGCAUUUUGGAAGUAUUGUUCAGUCAGUGGGUGAUUGUUUGUACAAAAAUAGCUCACAGGGAUUGCAUUUUGUGACUGUAACCACCGGCAUUCCCCUUGUCAAGGUGAAAGAAGCAUUAUGUGUUCUUAUAAAAUAUGGCUUCGUCUUCCACGAAAUGACGGAAAAGGGGAUGAGAUAUACUCUCCUUCCGGAUAACAUCACAAUGGUCCUCAGAUACUCCAGGUUCAUGUUUUUUGUUAAAAAAUGUUGUGGGGAUGAGGGAGAAAUUAUGCUAGAGGAAAUACUCAAACAGGGAUAUGACACUGCUUCUCAAGUGAUUGUUAAAGCAUACACGAAAAUGCUGCAGAGGCUGGGUGAUGCAGCCCCAUCCCUAGAAUUUCUAAAAGAAAAAUUUGAACUCCUGAUUAAAAAUCAAUUUGUAAUGAGGAGUUCAUGCACAGACGAGAUGGGUGAGAUCACAACGGACAAGCCAGACUUCCUCACACCGACACUGAACCUCAGGGCACUCAAGGGUAUGGUUGAAGGGAUUAAAGUUGAUCCUGGGGACAACAAAGUCCACUGGCGAGUGAAUUUCGAUAGAUUGAUUCAGGACCUCAGGGACAAGACACUUGUGGAGGCAGUCUCCAGGAUGGUGGACGACAAUGCUGGGGAGAUGAUGAGGCAGAUGUUGUUCCUGAUGUACGAGAGGACGGCCUCCUGGGCGGACACCUCCAAUCCCAUUCCUUACAUCGAGAUUAAGGAGAAAGUCAAGGGACUGGAUAUUUCAGCACUGACGCAGUAUCUCGAUCAGUAUCUGCGACUGAUCGAGGAGGACUCGAGGCAAUUUUUGAGACGAGUUGGGGACUCUGGUGGGGGACAGUUCAGUGUCAAUGUCAAGGAGGCAUUCGCCCAAUUGGCCUGGGCAACCCUGGAGAACAUCGUGAUGGAGAGAUUUGGCUCGAAAGCAGCGAGAAUUUUCCGACUCGUGAAGAGCAAAAAGUACAUCGAGGUGGAGCAGAUACAGCAGCUGGCGAUGAUUCCUGCCAAGGAGGCCAAACACUUGACUUUCAUCCUUUUUCAAGAGAAUUAUCUUCAGAUGCAGGAGGUGAAGAAGGCGGGGGUGUCACAGGCACCUCUGAAAGCCUUCUUCUUGUUUCAUAUUGAGUUGAAUCAGGUCGUGAGGAUGGAGAUGGAGCACUGCUAUCAUGCGUUGUACAAUACCAUGCAGAGGAGGGAGCAUGAGACUGUGGAUAAUAGGAGGAUGAUUGAAAAACAGUUGAGGAUUCAGACGCUUAUUAGUAAUUUGAAGGAGAGGGGAGCACCUGAGGAACAGCUCCAGGAGAUCGAGGAGAUGAUGACACCUGCUGAGAAACUUCAACUGGACAAAGUUCAUAAUAUUAUUAAGACAUUGGGAGGAGCUGAAUUGCAGAUAGAAGAGACACUAUUUCUAUUUUUCAUGUACCUACAUUAUCAUUAAUUAUUAUUAAUAAUUAGUGAUAAUUUCAUGAUUUGUAAAUAAAUAAAAUGCAUUGCACUGGGAGAAAAAUGAAACAGCGAGUGAUUAUUAUUUAUAGAGAUAUUUAUUUAUAUUUCAUAAUAAUUGAUUACGGUUGUAAAAUACAAACAACAAAGAGAUACCUAAAUUUUAAAUUAAUAAUAAAUAUAAUGAUACAUUCAUGUUUAUAAUGGCGUUGUUUCUCUCUAUGCAGUACAGGGCAUUUUAAUUAAUUUUUGUUUCAUUUUAUUUUUUGUUUUCACGUCACUAUUCAUAGAAAAAGUCACUGCCAGAAAUUUACAAAUGAAUUUUAUUCAUCGUGCCGAUAAAUAGCGUCAAAACAUAUGAUUGAAUCGUAGUUGGUCACAGCCGAAUUGUACAAUAAAAUAUUCAUCAUAUUUUUUUUUAGUAAACCGCCGAAAAUUGUCUCGUCAAAGGGAAAAGAAUAACAGGAUGGUUUUUCCGGCCGUGACUUUUCCACUUGUUCUUUUUGCUAUCUAAUAAUCUAUUUUUUUACGGCUCGCCUUAACACAAUUAUUCCAAUUAUCGAUAAUGUGCCAUCAAAAAAUGUCAUCUACGAAUAACUACAAUUUUCAUGAACAAUUUGUCGUAUCAUUUAUCAAUUUCUUUUAUUCUCUCAAUUCAGUUUUAUUGUUACAAUUUUUUGUUAUGUUAAGGUGGCCGUGAGAAUGUUAAUGGCAUCGACACUUGCAUUCAAUUUUCAUAUCUCACACACACACACACACAC